AUGGGCAGCCCACACGAGCGCUCCCGGCGUGAUGACCGGGAGCACAAGCACAAGAGCAGCCGGGACAGAGACCGGUCCCGAUCCAGGGACCGCCGGCGCAGCGGGCGAGACGACAAGGAGCGGCGGCGGCGGUCACGCUCCCGCUCCCGCUCCCGCAGCAGGGACAGGCACCAAAAGCGCGACCGUAGCGCGGAGCGAGAUGCCAGCCGCAAGCGCAGCAGGCCCGAGGAGAGCUUGCCUUCAGCUGAGGCAUCCGGCCAGCCGGCCCAGCAAUUUGUGCAGCAGGCGCAGCCGAUGAUGGCAGCACCCGCGCAGCUGGGCGCCAUGCCGGCGUCAACUCUGGAGGCGGCUCGGCUGCAGGCGCUGGCGGGGCACGAUGCGGAGGAGCAGCGGCGGCGGGAGCGUGAGGCGGAGCAGGUCAAGCUGGAUGCGGAGAUGGAGAAGCGGCGGAAGCGCAUCCAGGCCUGGCAGGAGCAGCGGCGCAAGGAGGAGGAGGCGGCGGCGGCGGCGGAGGCGGCAGCCAAGGCGGCGGCGCAGCCUGACGCUGCGGAGGCGGGGGCGGCCGCAAAGCAGAAGGCUUGGACGCUGGAGGAUGAGUCGUCGGAUGAGGACGAGGGGCAGGCUGGGGUUGCAGCUGCUGCCGACGGCGACGGCGAUGUGGAGAUGCCAGAUGCCGGCGGCGCGGCGGCUCCGCCUGCGCCGGCACCAGCGGCGGCGGCUGCAGAGGAGGAGGAGGAGGUGGAUCCGCUAGAUGCCUUCAUGCAGGCCAAUGUGCUGCCAGCCGUGAAGCAGCAGGAGGCAUCAGCGGCAGCACCAGCGGCGGCUGCAGAGGAGGAGGAGGAGGUGGAUCCUCUGGAUGCCUUCAUGCAAAGCAAUGUGCUGCCGGCAGUGCAGCAGCAGGACACGGGCGCGUCGGCAGAGCCAGGGGCUGCAGCGAAGCAGGACGCCGGCGGCAAGGCGGCUGCGCCUGCGCCCGUGGCAGCCGCAGCAGCUCCAGCAGCAGCCAAUGGCGAGGCCAGCAGCCAGCCGGCGCGGCCGCGGCGGCGCUCGAGAUACGACACCGACUCAUCGGAGGAGGAGCCGGAUUCUUCGGCCGAGGAGGAGGAGGAGAGUGAGGAUGAGGCGGAGUGGAUGCGCAAGCUGAUUGCGGGCAAGCUGUCCAAGGGGGAGAAGCUGGUGGCGGUGGACCAUGCGGCCAUACAGUACCCGCCCUUCAGGCGCAACUUCUACAUCGAGGUGCCUGAGCUGGCGCGCAUGAGCGGGGAGGAGGUGGAGGAGUACCGCAAGCAGCUGGACGGCGUCAAGGUGCGCGGCAAGGACGUGCCCAAGCCCGUCAGGAACUGGAACCAGUGCGGGCUGAGCACGCGCAUCCUGGAGGUGCUGAAGAAGGGCGGCUUUGAGCAGCCGCUGUCCAUCCAGGCGCAGGCGCUGCCAGGCGCGUGGCUGGGCUGCCGCGGCCGCUGCUCCCUGGCCGCCGCUCCCUGGCCUGCCUGCAGCCUCAUCAUGAGCGGCCGCGACUGCAUCGGCAUCGCCAAGACCGGCAGCGGCAAGACGCUGGCGUUUGUGCUGCCCAUGAUGCGCCACGUCAAGGACCAGCCGGCGCUGGCCAACGGGGACGGGCCCGUGGCUCUGGCCAUGGCUCCCACACGGGAGCUGGUGACGCAGGCGAGCGUGCUGGGGUGGUGGUGGCUUAUGAUUGGCAAGGAGGUCAAGCGGUUUGCCAAGGUGGUGGGGCUGACGUGCGUGUGCGUGUACGGCGGCACCGGCGUGGCCAACCAGAUCACCGAGCUCAAGCGCGGCACGGAGAUUGUGGUGUGCACGCCGGGCCGCAUGAUCGACAUCCUGGUGACCAGCGGCGGGCGCAUCACCAACCUGCGGCGCGUGACGUACCUGGUUCUGGACGAGGCGGACCGCAUGUUUGACAUGGGCUUUGAGCCGCAGAUCAUGCGCAUUGUGCAGAACAUACGCCCCGACAGGCAGACGGUCAUGUUCUCGGCCACCUUCCCGCGACAGGUGGAGGUGCUGGCGCGCCAGGUGCUGCACAACCCUGUGGAGAUCCAGGUGGGCGGUCGCAGCGUGGUGAACAAGGACAUCACCCAGUUCAUCGAGAUCCGCCCCGAGGACGACCGCUUCCUGCGCCUGCUGGAGAUACUGGGGGAGUGGUACGAGCGCGGCAAGCUGCUCAUCUUUGUGUCCUCCCAGGACCGCUGCGACACGCUGUUCCGGGACCUGCUGCGCGCGGGCCUGCACGGCGGCAAGGACCAGAGCGACCGCGAGUCCACCAUCGUGGACUACAAGGCCAACGUGUGCAACAUCCUGGUGGCCACGAGCGUGGCUGCCCGCGGCCUGGAUGUCAAGGAUCUGGUGCUGGUGGUCAACUAUGAUGUGCCCAACCACCACGAAGAUUACGUGCACAGGGUGGGGCGCACGGGGCGUGCGGGCGCCAAGGGCUCCGCCAUCACCUUCAUCGGCCCCGACGAGGAGCAGUACGCGCCAGACCUGGUCAAGGCGCUCAAGGAGAGCGGGGCGCCCAUACCGCAGGACCUGGCGGCCAUGGCUGAGGCGUUUGGCAAGAAGCGGCGGGAGGGCAAGGCGCAGCUGCACAGCUCCGGCUUUGGCGGCAGCGGCUUCAAGUUUGACGCCAGCGAGGACAAUGCGGUGAAGGCGUACAAGAAGUCUGUGGUGAAGCAGACGCUCAAGGCGCAGGGCGAGGAGGGGGAAGAGUCUGAGUCUGAGGACGAUGGAGAGAUUCGGGAGGUGUUGGGGGGCAAGCAGGCGGCGGUGCCCACCCCGCCGCCACCCUCGGCGGCCGAGGCGCAGGCCCAGCUGCUGCAGCAGCAGCUGCUCAAGCAGCAGGCGGCCGCCGCGGCCGCCGCGCCAGCCGGAGCGCCGCCGCCCGUCAACCCGCUGCAGCAGAUUGGGAUCACAGAGGAGCAGCUGGCGGCGAUGCCGCCAGAGGUGCAGGCACGGGUCAAGGCGGCACAGGCGCUGGCCUCCAAGCUGGCUUCGCAGGGCCCGCCGGCGGCGCCCCUGGUCCCGCCGCCAGUACCGCAGAUCCCGGCGGGCGGCAUCACGGCGCUCAGCGCGCUGGCGGCCGCCUGGCAGCCCGGCAUGCCGCUGCCGGGCACAGUCCCGGGCGCCAUGCUGCCUGGAGCGGUUCCGGCAGCGGCGGCGCAGCCCGCAGCAGUAGCAGCAGCAGCAGCAACGUCGUCGGUGACGUCCACGGCGGCUGGUGCCACAUGGCAGCCGGCGGCGCAGCCGCCGCCGCCGCCUGGCAGCCCUCCACCGCCAGAGAACCCGAUCCUCGCUGCGGCACAGGCGGCGGCGCGGCGGCUGGGCAAGGAGGCGGGCAUUCCCACCACAGCCUACGUCUCGCAGCAGCAGCAGCAGCAGAUGGCCCCUGGCAUGGCUGGCAUGGCUGGCAUGGUUGGCAUGCAGCAGCAGCAGAUGGGCAUGCCAGGCGUGCUGGCGCCUGGCAGCGUGCCGCAGCUGCCGCCGUCGCUCGCGGCCCAGAUGCUGCCGCCAGGCGGCGGGCCGAUGCAGCUGCCGAUGCAGCUGCCGAUGCAGCCGCCCGCGCUGCCCGGCGCCGUGCCGCAGCUGCCGCCGUCGCUCGCGGCGCAGAUGCUGCCGCCUGGUGGCGGCAUGAUGCAGCUGCCGAUGCAGCCGCCCGGGCUGCCCGGCGGCGUGGCUGGGCAGGUGGCGCAGCCCCCCGUGCCCACCCCAUCGAAGCACUUUGAGACCGAGCUGGAGAUCAACGACUUCCCGCAGCACGCGCGCUGGAAGGUCACCCACCGCGAGACGAUCCGCGACAUGGGCGAGCUGGGCGCCGCCGUCAUCGUCAAGGGCAAGUACUACAAGCUGGGCACGGCGCCGGGGCCGCUGGACGAGCGCAAGCUGUACCUGCACAUAGAAGGCCCCACCGCGGAGGUCGUGAAGCGCGCCAAGCAGGAGAUCAAGCGGCUGCUGGAGGAGUUCACGGAGAAGGCGAUGCGGCGGGAGACGCCCGCGGCGGGGCGCUACUCGGUCGUCUGA